AAUACGUGGACGGGCGUUGGACGGAGUGGGGAGGAGGGAGGAGGAACCAGAGGGGUGGAUGGGAAGAUGGGAACGCCAUCGAUUCCUCUCUGCAGCAGCAAGGCCCCGUGCGGCGGUGCCGGCUUUCCCAGCCCUCGUCUCCUGCUUGACAGAUACCUUUGCGUGCCCUGUGCAUCUGAGCCGAUCUAUCCACCAUCCGAGGCAGUCUCUGCUUCUCGCGCGCGCAUGCACGCCGGGAGGGAGGAUAGGAAAUGGCGAGGGAGGUACUAAACAGGAGCGCCGACGCUGACGGCCAUCCUCUGCCGCAACCGGCCCCUUCCCCGUCUCCGGCAGCUGCCACGGAGGAGGAAGGUACGGACAGGAGCAAGGCCAAGAAGAACCUCAGGGACAGGGUAUCCUUCUCGUCCUCGUCUUCCAGACCCCGCCCUUCGUGCUGGGGAGGCAUCAGGAUUCGUCGGAUUGGCCGGACCAGAAGAGGCGGCGACGAGCAUGACACGCGCGCAAGCCUCGGCGACCGUGGCCGCCGCUGCGCCUGUGGGUGCGGCGGCAAGGUGGGCGCGGGCGCUGCAGCGGUCGGGACGAGGUCCCUCCUCCAGCGCAACGAUUUCUACUGCGACGAUUGCAACCCGCACAGGGAGACUGAGAUGAACAGAUAACGAGUGACUGAUGCAAGCAAAUCAUCGAUUCUUAGCACUAUCCAGUAUCCACUAACCCGAAACCUUAGUGAUACACUCGAGUACUUUGAUUACAAUGUGGGGCUGAAAAUAACAACUCAUACAGAAUUGGACAAAGCUACUUACUUUCCAAGACUCUUGAGACAACAAAAGGAAUGGUGAGGGCAAGUCUAAUCAGAAUGCUGAAAGAACCUAGGGUGGCAUCAAUCUUCACACAGAGAAGCCUUUUCAGCAUUGUAAUUUUCGUCACAUAUCAAA